AUGUCAACAAAUAAAGCAUCAGAAGUCUUUAAUGUACCUAGAACAACCAUACAGGAUAGACUAUAUGGCAAAGUUGAUAUAGAGACAAUCAAAUCAGGUCCUCAGCCUCUGUUUAAUGAGGAGCAAGAAGCACUUCAAUGUCUAGCACGGGAAGAUGGAAAACUGUUUGGGAGUGUACGGGGUGUAGUAGCUCACUUUGCCAUUUUCGGCAAAAAAAUAAACUUCAGUACCAGAUCAUAUAAGUACAUCGUUGAAGAUAUAAACGAUCGGUGUCUGGAGCAGGGAUCAUGUGGCUAUAACACAGAUGUAACACAUAAAGAAUUUAACAAAAUGGCAACCGGAGGUCAACCACAGACGUCAAAAAACCGCAUAUUUUUGUUUCGGUUACAAAUGCUAGUCAUUGAUGGUGGCGUCCUGGUAGUGAGAAAUAUACUGGAACAGUCCCUGACAAGUCAAGGCCUAACGUUCAGUGCGUGCUUGAAUCAAGAAAAGUCAACAAUAACACGUUUGAAAAGCCGCGGCCUUAUAACCCAGGUCCAAUAUGACGUAUUGUUUCCAGCGGGCGGUAAAGUCACGUCUUCGUCAGAUUUGGACAUCACGCUUAUCAUCUGUCUUCUUAGAAACCUGAAAUGUUUCGGAUUCAAUAGAAAAUUUAAUUGGAUGGCAACACCAGCACCAACCGAUGUAUCAAUGGAGGCAGACAUUUGGAGGUUAAGGGAUUUCCGAAAUAAAAUAACUCGAAUAUCAACAACGACUGAAAUACAAGAAAGUGAUUUUACAGCUUGGUGGAAUGAUAUUGAACAGAUACUUGUUCGCCGAAGUUCUCCAGCUUUGAACAUUCAGCAAAUGAUUGACGAACUCAAAACUUGCCCUUUUAAUCUGGCAGAAGAGAGCAGCAUACAGGGAGAAAUAAAAAAGUCGAAGGAAUACGAAGCCGAUGUUGACCGACUGAAACAGGAAAAGACAGACAUGGAAGAAAAUAUAACUGAAGUGAAGAAACACCUUGAUGAUAUUAAAGGACAGCAGGGGGCAGCUUUCCGACAAUUUAGCGGUUAUUUCAAACAUAGAUUAUUUGGUCAGCAUUGGUUAUUGAUAGUCAUUGUCCUCAACGAACGAUAUAAAUUAAUUUAUCUUUUUAUAUAUUUCCGUGUAGCUGGAAAGGAUGACAGUAUUGAUUUAAGCGGACAAUCUGUUCCCGAAGCGUUUAUAAAUAACCCUGUACAUUAUGAUUUGUAUCGAGAGGCACUAUCUACGGGUUUUGAAACAGACAAAGCUAUAAGAGUGAACGUAGUUGGAAACUUUAAUCAAGGCAAAACAUCUUUGACGAAUAUUCUCGUUGGAAAACCGAAAGAAAAUGUUCACAGUACGAAUGGAGUCGAAAUUAGUCACUGCAAAUAUAUUGAGGAUAAUGGUGAUGUAAUGCUUCUUGAAAAUCCAUCCAAAAUUAAUGAUAUUGAAAUUAUUGACCGUAUUGCCGAAGUCGCAAAGAGUCGGGAACACGUUUUGACUGAUAAUGAAAUAAACCCCACGGAAGUAUCCGAGUAUGGACGUUUAGAACAACAAACUGAUUCGUUCGAUGAAAUUUAUCAUGAAUACGAACCAUCUUUUCAAAAUACAGAAACUGACAACAUCACAUUUGAGACGGAAGGAAAACAAAAGACGGCAAAGAUGUUUCUCAAAAAAGAAGCAAAAUUAUCCCUCACACCGGAAGAAAUGCAAGCAUUCUCGACGUGUCUUACAUCUGAUAAAUCUUUGUCAAAUGUUGCUGGAAAGUUUGAAAUAUGGGACUUCGCUGGACAGUUUAUCUUCUAUGCUACUCAUACAUUAUUCCACAGCAAGCGCGCUGUAUACCUCUUGGUGUUUGAUUUAUCAAAAGAUUUGUCAACAGUCGUAACAGAUUCUGAAUUUCCAAAGGAAACAGGCGAUAGAACGAUGGAGCAAUUCAUAAAGUUUUGGAUAAACUCUAUUCAUACAUAUGUUGGGUCAACGGACGGUAAAAACCCUCCUGUUAUUCUUGUCGGAACCCAUAAAGAUAAAUUAACCGGGAACGAAUUACAAAAAUCAGACCAUGCACAUGCAUAUUUUGAAAGAAUAAGAGCUCUUUUUGAGGACUCACAAAUUAUCAAUCAUAUUCAGGCAAAAGAUUUUAUAGUCAAUAGCGUUGACUUCAACGACAAGGAAAUCGUUAAGUUGCGAAAGGAAAUCGUAGGUAUUGGUUUGAAACAUUCUGAAAUCAAACUUCCGGCAAAAUGGAUACCUCUUGAAAAAAAAUUAAUACAGAUAAAAUACAUGAAGAUAAUUCCAUUCAGCAAAGUGGUGGAAAUUGAUUCAAAAAAUGAUUUCCCACUAAAUUGUGUAGAGCAAAUAAAACUGUUCCUUAUUUAUCACCACACAAAAGGAACACUAUUUUUCUUUGACGAAGAACCAAUAUCAGCAUAUGUAGUACUUGAUACCCAAUAUCUCAUUGAUGCGUUCAAGUGCAUUGUUACGUCAGAGAGAUUUUGCAAAAAGGAGCCACAAUAUCGCGACCUUUGGGAUCUUUUACGAAAACAAGGAAAGUUGAAAAUGGAGCUUAUUCACAGGGUUUGGGAGUCAAACAGUGAUUUUCUCAAACAUAAGAAAGAAAUUCUGAUGUUUAUGCAAAGGCAUUAUAUCAUAUCUGAAGUUUCAAGUUUCGAUAAAAACACAGGCACAACAAAUGGACUCGGCUGGUUUAUUGUCCCUAUUUUUCUACGUGACCACAGUAAUAACAACACAGUUAUAGAGUUCCUUAAAGGAAAGAGACAGACAUCUUUGAGAUUUCUGAUGUUGUUUCAGUACACACCCGUUGUACAAAUUGUAUAUUGUCGUCUAAUUGCAGCUGUGGUAGCAAAAUGGUCAGUUGUUCAAAUAGGCAUUUCAAAGCAAGAAAAGGAAUUCUUACUGUACGAGAAUUUAGGAGUGUUUAGGUUGGACAAUCUGAACGCUGGUGUUAUUGAAUUACAGCAGAACAGAAUUGAAAUGCGUGUUAUUAGUCUUUGCAAAUCUCGAAAUGUAAACAGAAGGACAGCAGACACUUUCAGACGCUUUGCAGAGUCAGUGGUCAUAAGCGACUUUAAUAAACUGCGCCAUUUAUCCACAAUUCAAGAAAAGCCUUUCCAGACAUGUUUUAGAUGCAACGAUGAAAACCAUGGUCUAAAUGGAGGUCAAGAAAACUUCCAUUUGGAAACCCUUAAAGGUGAAAGCAUUGUACCCUGCCUUGAUAUGCCAAAUCAUGAAAUACUCACAAAACAGGCGCUUUCUGAAUGGUAUGAAGAAAUCUCUAGGAUACAACUUCAUGAAGACAGUCAGGUUAAUGAGAAACAAUUGAGCAGAAUUUCAAAAUCAAUUGGAUUAAACUGGGAACUCCUUGGAUAUGAGCUUGGUUUGAGCAAUGCCAACAUCGAUCGUAUAUCAAUGGACAACCAAACAAGCAUUAUGAAAAUCUACAAAGUGCUGUUGGAAUGGAAAAUUCAACAGAAUGCAAAUGCCACCGUCAAUGCUCUUCUCAAAGCUAUGAAAUCAAUACAAACACUUACCGUUGACUGGGAUGAAGUGUUGAACGUUGUUGAGGAAAUAGGAUCCACACAAGAUAAAUAAUCACACAUCUUUGAAUGAAUCUGCUGUACCGUGUGAUUCAAGAAGAAUAAAUACAAUUCAUCUUUCCAAAUCGACGUUGUUUUUCAACAAGACCGCCACGUAGCAUAUUUGCACAUACAACACAAUUGAUAAAACUAUGCGAUACUUUCUUUUACACUUGUUUUUUUGUUACGGUCCAUUUUCGGCGGUCAGGAAGUGAAAAUCAAUAUAUGGAAAGAACAGACUGUGAGAAAUUGAACAUUUGCAACAUCCAAUGUUCAGUUUUGUUUUGUUCUGUGUUUGUUUUUAUUUUUUUUUUACUGUAUACCAAUUCAUUAAAUAAGAGCCAAAUUCACUAAUUUGUUAUAUGCUUACAACUUAAGUUGAUUUAGCAAUUAAAGUCAGGUUACGGGCACUGUUUCUUUCUUUGUUGUGACAUACUGCUUAAUCAAAUAAAAUACCAAAGGAAUUCGUUUCAAUAGAAUGGAAUAAAUAUUAAAACGCAAUAUUUGCUAACAUAAAAUGAAUAUUUAGUCUCAAUGUGAUAUGUCAAUGUUGUCAGUUAGAAAAUCUUGCUUUGUAUAUAUAGAAAUGUGUUUGUUUGAAACCAUAACAGCAAUUACUAUUUAUAAAUGUUUCAUUUUCAAAAUAAUUGUAUUUUGUACUCUCAAUGUUUAUGCGUUUGUUUUCCAAACAAUCUUGCUCAUGAUAAUUCUUUUGUGAGUUGCUUAUUCUUAUGUGUGUCCAAUGAGUAAUCAUAUGUUUACUCUUUGAUUAUACACAUAGCAAGAGCGUUUUGUAAUGAAGCAUCAUUUGUUUUUUUUAUAUGUUUAAUUUCUUCUCUGUGAUCAUACAGUAAUAAAGUGUACAUAACAUAUAAUAAACUUCUGUCCAGAUAAUACAAAAGCAUGGUCACAAAGAGUUGUUGAUUUUUACACACAAACACACGCACGCACCCGUACGCACACACACCCGCACCCAUACACUCACACUUCCAAUUCAUAAAUACCAACAGGAUUUAUAACUAUAUAUAUUUUGAACAUAACGCACACACAAAACAGCACACAUACAUUUCGGGUACCAUCAGCAUUACGAUACUCGUAUUAGUGUAAACUAAUAUUUAAACAAAAACAAAAAGGAAAAUUAAAGAGGGUGAAAUUUAAUACA